CUCGCCGCCAGCGGACGAGAGCCGGAGAAAGUCCUGCCCGAGGGCGGCACCGGGGCCGCUGCGGCCCGGGCGGCGAAGGCAGCUCGCGGUCCAUGCAUCCGCCGCCCGCCGCGAUGGACUUCGGCCAGAGCAGCCUGUUCGGCUACAUGGAUGAGCUGCAGGAGCUGACCUUCAUCGAGAGGCCGGUGCGCCGGAGCCUCAAGACAGCAGAAGAAAUAGAAAGGUUGACAGUGGACGAGGACCUCAGCGAUAUUGAAAGGGCUCUUUACCUGCUCAGUGCUGGUCAGGAUAUCCAAGGAACCAGCGCAAUUGCCAGUCUUCCAUUUCUGAUGCGGCAGAGCCCUGCGGAGACACUUCGGACCGUCUUGCCGAAAGUCAGAGAAGUGCUGCAGGCCGCCGGGGCUGAGAUGCAGCUGACUGCCGCACUUGCGUUUCUGACCAUCCUCCAGGAAGAGUCGGUGUCCGUUCACACCUACGCCCACUCCUUCCUUCACGUCAUUCUACUCCACCUGGAGCACAGGGACACAGGGGUCAGCAACGCGUGGCUGGAGACCCUUCUGUCUGUGAUAGAAGUUUUGCCCAAGGAAACCUUGAGGCAUGAGAUUUUGAAUCCACUUGUGUCCAAGGCACAGCUUUCUCAGACAGUUCAGUCUCGGUUAGUUAGCUGUAAAAUUUUAGGAAAACUGACCAAUAAAUUUGACGCCCACACCAUUAAAAGAGAAAUCCUUCCCCUGGUAAAAUCCCUCUGCCAAGAUGUGGAAUAUGAAGUUCGAUCUUGUAUGUGCCGGCAGUUAGAAAAUAUAGCUCAGGGCAUUGGGGCAGAGCUCACAAAAAGUGUGGUUCUCCCUGAGUUAAUAGAGCUCUUCAGGGAUGAAGGCAGCAGCGUGCGGCUUGCAGCUUUUGAGACCUUGGUGAACCUGCUUGACAACUUCGAUACAGAUGACAGAAGCCAAACUAUACUUCCCUUAGUGAAAUCCUUCUGCGAAAAGUCUUUCAAAGCUGACGAGUCCAUUCUCACCUCCUUAUCUUUUCACCUGGGGAAACUGUGCCACGGACUAUACGGAAUUUUUACUCCAGAUCAACAUUUGAGGUUUUUGGAGUUUUAUAAGAAACUUUGUACACUGGGCUUGCAGCAAGAAAAUGGACACAAUGAAAGCCAGAUUCCACCCCAAAUCCUAGCACAGGAGAAGAAAUACAUCACAGUACGGAAGAACUGUGCUUAUAACUUUCCGGCCAUGACUGUUUUUGUUGACCCUAAAAACUUCCACAUGGAACUCUAUUCUACAUUCUUCUGCCUCUGUCAUGACCCGGAAGUACCAGUCAGAUACACGAUUGCUAUUUGCUUUCAUGAAGUGUCUAAACUUCUGGAUUCUGGAGUGUAUCUAAUACAUAAAGAACUGAUAACAUUAUUACAAGACGAGUCACUGGAGGUGCUCGAUGCUCUCAUAGACCACCUUCCAGAAACCCUGGAACUUAUGUCUGCUGGCGGAGAAAGCACCACUCAGGAAAAUAAGCUGUCAUCUCUGCCUGAUCUGAUCCCAGCGCUCACGGCCGCUGAGCAGCGAGCUGCCACAUCCUUGAAGUGGAGGACUCACGAGAAGCUCCUGCAGAGAUACGCCUGCCUGCCACACGUCAUAUCCAGUGACCAGAUCUACUACCGCUUCCUGCAGAGGAUGUUCACCAUCGUGAUGACCAAUAAUGUCUUACCUGUCCAGAAGGCAGCAUCAAGGACUCUAUGCAUUUUUCUGCGGUAUAAUCGCAAGCAAGACCAGAGACAUGAAGUCAUUCAGAAAUUAAUUGAACAACUGGGCCAAGGGAAGAGUUACUGGAACAGACUCCGAUUUCUCGACACCUGCGAGUUCAUCAUAGAGAUCUUCUCCAGAUCGUUCUUCUGUAAAUAUUUCUUCUUACCUGCGAUUGAGCUGACACAUGACCCUGUAGCCAAUGUGAGAAUGAAGCUUUGCUACCUGCUGCCCAAAGUGAAGUCCACCUUGAAGAUCCCUGCAGACAAGCACUUACUCCAGCAGUUAGAGAUGUGCGUGAGGAAACUCCUGUGUCAAGAAAAAGAUAAAGACGUCCUGGCUAUUGUAAAAAGAACGGUAUUAGAGUUGGACAGAAUGGAGAUGUCUUUGGAUGCUCAGUUUCAGAAAAAAAAUUACGAGAAGGAUUUGCUGGAUCAAGAGAAAGAAAGAGAAGAGCUGCUGCUUUUGGAGAUGGAACAAUUAGAGAAAGAGAAGCAACAGAAUGAUGGAAGGUCCAUGAGUGAAAAAACCCUUGAAAAGAAACACUUUGUUUCAGGCAGAGAAAUGAAAACACCAGCAGCUCUGCCCAAGAACACCCCCACUGCUGUUCCUGGACCCUCUUCUGGCACCCCGUCAACAAGCAAAGAAGUCAGGAAAUCCAAACUGAUCCGAAGCCAGUCUUUUAACAGUCAAGCUUUUCAUUCUAAAUAUGGCAACUUAGACAAGUGUGCUAGUAAAAAUCCUACAAUGGCUUACACGUCUUCUGCCUCAGGGUUAGCAAAGACUUCUGCUAUGAUCUCACUAACUGAUGACUCGUUCUGGACUCCUCGGAAUGCCAGCAGUGCUCCAGCCACCUUUGCUUCCAGUGCGCCCCUCCCGAGCACCUCCCGGGGGACAGCAAACCCUGUGGACAUCAAGAGUGCUGGCAGUAAGGACAUGCAGCCUCGGAAAGCUGCCCUAAAAUCCAGAAAAUCCAAUCCUUAAAUCACCUGCAUGAUGAAAGAGGCAAAACAAAGGCGCCUGGAGGCAACGCACCUGGUGGGAGUGGGAGAAGCUCUGCAGUGGCUGGGCCUUGGUUUUUUUUUUUUUUUUUUUUUUUUUUCCAACAAGUGGAAAAGAGACAUAAAGGCAGCUGAUGCUAAACUCUCCAUGUUAGAAAUUCGAUUCCCUAGGAGGUAUCACAUGCGCUUCUCGAGUAAUAAUGUGGCCAGGGAGUUCUAAUAUUGUGGAAAUAAUAAGUGGAAAGGGUACAGCACUUGCCCACUGUGACUCGGCCUUGAGUGGAGCCCAGGCCUUGCAAGCUUUACCUUUGGCUAGGAAAAUUCUACAAGGAUUUCGGGUAACUUUUCUCCCCAACUACCUAAAGAAUGAUCGAUUGAUGAUUUCCUAGGAGGAUUUAUUUUAUAAAUACUUUGUUUACAUUUCAGGUUGUUUUUAUCCUGACUUAUUUAGAAUGAUGACUCUAGUUUGAACCAGCUGUUAUCCCAAGCUAUCAUGCCUAAGCUCUGUCAACAGCAUCUCUGUGUACCACUGCACAUCUGUCCAUCCGAGUCUGCCUGUGGGACACAUACAGUUCUUAAGUGUGAAAUGCCAGUUCUUGAGAUGAACUGUCUGAAGCUAUUGUCAGCUUCUCUAUUUCAAAAUGCAAUCAGCAUAGAACUAUAUUGAUAUUAGAGAUAUUUGUUUUUUUAAGUAUAUUGAUGUAUGAUAAAGAUGAUCUAAUUUGUGAAUGCACAUGUGUGUGGUUACUUUUUAUAAUGUGAAAUAAUGAAUAAUGGAUUUACUCAAAAAUAAAACAUAGGUUAACGAGA